GCAUCUAUCGUUGCCAAGCAACCGAUUAAAAUGGAGUCCCAGGAAAAACAAGUGGAGGUCGUGCAGGAGCAAUCUACAGAAAUCCCUACUUCUGAUGCUGUUGGUGGCCAGAAGGAUGAGAAAGAUGAAAAUAAUAUGCAAAAGGCAGAAAGAUCUUCAGCUAAUGAGGAAGAGAAGCAAGAUGGAAAUGAAACCAAGACAGAAGAAGCCACACUCGCAGAUGAUUUCUUCUAUGACUAUGAGGAAAUAUACUCAAAGCCGUUCAUUUCACCAACAGCACGGAUACCAAAUAAAUUGCUUGUCCUCAUUCAUUCUUUUGGCUAUGACAGUACCCGACGAGCGAAUUUACAACUCAUUGGCGAGCAAACCAUCAUGUUUGUGGCUGGCAAUCUAGUGAAUUUCAUGGAUAUUAACACGAAAGGGCAACAAUAUAUUCGAAGCAACAGUGGGGGAGGCAUUGGCAUUGUGAUGGUUCAUCCUGAUGGAGAUUAUUUUGCUGUAGGUGAAAAGGGCACCAAGCCUAAUAUUAUUAUCUAUGAAUAUCCUUCCCUGAAGCCAUACAGAAUACUGAGAGAUGGGACAGAGAGAGCCUAUAGUUUUGUUAACUUUAACUCGUCAGGCAACCUUCUGGUCAGCGUAGGGGAAUACCCAGAUUACAUGGCCACCAUUUGGAAUUGGAAAAAGGAAAAAAUUGUGCUACGCUCAAAAGCCUUUUCCCAGGAAGUUUAUCGGAUCACCUUCUCUCUGGAAAAUGAAGAACAACUGACCUCCUCAGGAACAGGUCAUAUCAAAUUUUGGAAGAUGGUGGAAACCUUCACUGGACUGAAACUACAAGGUGAACUUGGGAGGUUUGGCAAAACAGCUCUGACGGACAUUGUGGGCUAUGUUGAGUUGCCAGAUGGAAAGGUAAUAUCUGGCUCUGAAUGGGGCAAUAUGUUGCUAUGGGAUGGUGGUCUUAUUAAGGUAGAACUGAGCAGAAAGGAUGGAAAGCCCUGUCAUCAAGGAUCCAUAAAUCAGUGUGUACUGGAUGAAGGAGAACUUAUCACAAUUGGAAGUGAUGGAUGUGUGCGGGUGUGGGACUUUGAGACCAUUGACACAGCAGAGUCUUAUGACGAGGAUUCCGUAGUAGAGAUGGAACCAAUGAAUGAAUUAACCGUUGGAAGAAAUGUUAACCUCCAAUCCAUGGUGAAAUUCAAAGAUUCAAACCUUAUUUGGUGUGCUCAGGAUGCCAGUGGUAGAAUAUGGAAACUUGACCUCUCGUUUUCAAACAUUACGCAAGAUCCGGAAUGUUUAUUUUCUUUCCACACUGGGGUAAUCCAGGCUAUGGACCUGUCACCACUUACCUAUCUGAUGGCAACAACAGCACUUGACUGCACAGUGCGCAUCUUUGACUUUGUGAGAAAUGAAGAGCUGGUCUCUGUGAAGUACAGGCAAGGUGGAACUGCAUUAACGUGGGGACCACUGGAGCGCUAUCCAGAUGGAAACAUAAUUGUUGUGGGGUUUCAUGAUGGUGUUAUCCGUGUCUUGGAAAUAUAUAAUCCUCAAGACCUGGCUCGAGUUGCUGGCCGAACACUCCUCGGUGAAGCUGAACUUCGACUAAAACAAGCCCUGAAGCCGCAUACAGAGGACGUCACUGCUAUUGCAUAUGAACACAAUGGAGAUAUAUUGGCAACUGGUAGCAAAGACAACACGGUGUUCUUUUUCCAAUCUCGGGCUCAGUAUGUGCCAGUGGGAUUCAUCAGAGUGCCGGGACCGGUGGUGAGCUUGGAGUGGUCCCCACAUUCCUAUGAGAGAAACACAUUGCUUAUAUUUUGUGAAAAUGGAUAUGUCGUUCAAGCGGCAUGUCCAGAAUUUGAUGAAUUGGACACAACUUUAACUUUUGAGAUUCCCCUUCAGAAACAGUACUACCGUUUUAAGAGCAUCAGGUCCAGCAUAGAGAGAAACUAUGAGCUUGAUCGGAUAAAUCGAAUAAAGGAAGAAAAAGAAAAAGAAAAACAAGAACGGCUCAAAAAAAAGAAGGAAUUGGAGGCACAAAAUACAGAAUUUACCACUGACGAAGACGAAGAGGAAGAGGAAGAGGAAGAAGUGGAGCCAGAGGCGGAACUCCCAAAGAUCUACAUUCCCCCUCAACCAAGCCCCAUAUUGUGUGGUUUCUAUUCAAAACCAGACACAUUCUGGUUGUCUGUGGGUGAUUAUGAUUGUGGAUAUAUCUACCACUGUAAGUUUUCAGAUAAUCAUAAAAUUAGCGAGGACAUCUCCAAGAGUGAAGAAGAGCCAUUUGCUUUCAUUGCCAUUGAAGAUGCAGCUGAAACCUCUAUCAAAAAAAUGAAAUUCAAUUCGGAAAAGGACCUUCUAUUUUGUGGGAUGGAAGAUGGAGCUGUGCGAAUAUAUUCUAUUAAGGCACAUGAUUACAAACUGAAAUCCAUGCAAGGAUUCUGGAGUCUUAAUGUACAUGACAAUGACUAUGGUCACAUUAAUCAAAUUUGCAUCAGUCACGAUGAACAGUUUCUGCUUACAUGCGGAGCUGAUAGCAACAUCUUUGCCUUCUGUAUUUUUCCUCAAGAGGAAAUUGAUGAAUUAGUCAGUAGAAAGCGAGCUGUCGUGCCAAUUCCUAGGAUGGGUUUUGCACGUGAUAAACUAGCAAAUGAUAUUGAUGAUCCAAAUGCCUACAGUCUUGAAGAUGCUAAACAGAAGGCAGAGUCGGAUCUAAUAUUGAAGCUGGCAGAGGAAAAGAAGGCAAAGAAAAGGGUGGAGUUAGAUAAGCUGCAAAACGACUUCAAGGAACUUCAAAUCAAAAAUGCAGAACUCCCUGAACAUGUCCAGCUCCAGAAAAAGGAUUUUGAAAUUAAUAAAAGGAUUCAAGAAGAGAUUGACAGACAAAUAACUGACCGGAUUGAGUUUGUUUACAAAGAAAUGGCAUGGGAACAAGAGAAGUAUCUAAUUGGCCUCCAAAAACUACAAGCCAGGUUUCGAAAUGCAGUAGAGUAUGACACAGUUAUCGUGCAUUGUUUUGAAAGUGAUCACAAGGUGUCAACUUAUCGAGUCACAUCAUUCUCUGAUAAGUAUCACCAAAUGAAGAUGGACGUGCUGAGAAGGAGCCAACUGCAGGUGGAGCAAAAAAGCAAAGAUAAUCUUUUUAAGGAAAACAAAGGGGCAGGUAUUGAUAAGACUACAGACCAGGACUUGGAAGUUGAUUUGUUGGCAGGGUCACAACAACCUGUAUCAAAGAUGUAUAUUGGAAUUCGACAUGCUGAAAGACUACAAAAUUUGAUUAGCCAAACAGAUAAAGCAAAAGCCAAAAUUGAGCAGAGGAAAAGAGAAUGGACAGAGCUUUAUUUAAGCCAACCUGAUGAUAAUUACGAAGAUCCAAAUGAUGUGCUGGCAAUCAAAGAUGCUCAGGAGCACAUGGGAGAUUUCAAGUUAAAAACAGCUCCUGACUACACUGUACCAGAACAUCUGCGUAUUAAUGCAGAGAAGAAAAGGAACCAGCUUAUUCUCCUUGAGGAACUGAUCCAUGAACUCAAAAGUGAAAUGAGCGAAAAGGUAAUCAGCCUUCGUAACACAAAACUGGAUAUUAUUGAGCAAAUUACCAAUCUAACCAAGGAGCUGGUGUUAAUACAGAUCAAGCUCGAUCCUUCACAACAUCUCCCUAUUCCUGUGGUCCCAAGUAUGUAUCCUGAUGAAAUGCCUGAGAAGAAAUUCCAGUAUGAUCAAGAAAAGCUUUUGGAAUUCAGAGGUGAGAACCUUCCGAGUAAGAAACGUACAAAACAAUACGAGCAGGUAAUUGAGACUGAAAAAAUACCUGGAAAUUCCAACGCAACAUCAGAUAGCACAAAUCAUCAAAUAGAAGGAAAUGCUGUGAAACUCGUAGUGUAUGAAACGGCAGAUCAGUCAAAGUUGGAAGAGGAAAUCAAAAUGAUUGAAGAGAAAACAAAUUUAUACAUGCAAACAGAAAUACUAAGGAAGAUCAAUGAAUUAAUCAAUAACUUUGAUGCAGAGCUGCGGGUUCUUUGCCACCAAAAAUAUAAAUUGGACAUUGCUUUAAAGAUGGCUGACCUGCGGCAUGUUACACUUUUUGAAGAAGUUCUUCUCUUGAAAGAAUUUGAAAAGAGUGAGGACAUUUUGCAGGAUCGUGUCAACCAACGAAUUAAUGAACGGGUGGAAACACAAAUGAAGUCAGAGGAAUGUUUUCAACAACAAGAGGGCAAAAAGCGAGAUAUUGUUAAACUACAAGAAAAGGAGAAAACUCUUUAUACAACCUUCCAGAUAUCUCUGGGUGAAAACAACAGACAUGCUGAUUUCCUCACCAAAGUCUUCAAGAAGAAAAUCAAACGAAGAAGAAAGAGCGAAGCAAAAAUUUCUACAGAGUCAGAUGAUGAGAGUGAAGAAGAAUCAGAUGAAGAUUUUGGCUAUAGUGAUGAAGAGGAUGAAUCGGAUUCCGAUGAUGGUGGAGUGGAUGACACUGCUUGCCCAGAUACGUGUGACCCAGCACUAUUUGACAACACUCUUCAACUUCGAGAGAAACGACUGGAUAUUGAGGAGACCUUAACAGAAGAGAAAAAAACACUAGAAUUAAUAAAAAAGGAAUAUGAUAUGAUUGCUAAAAAGGUAAAAGUUAUUGAAGGAACAGUCAAAUCUGCAAAAAAUGACCUGGAGGUUUUGCAACGACAGAAACAACAGAAAUUGAAUGAACUCUUUGUGGUUGUUCCUCUAAAACUGCACCAGAUAGAGUAUAUUGUCAAUGGAGACAUGCCAAGUGAUCUAGUGUCUGGGCUGGUCUUCACCAAUCUGGCUUUAACGUCACUGCAGAGGAGGAUCAAAGAAUUGCAUGUGGAGAAGACCGACCAACGAGAGCUGUAUAAGCAAGCCAGGCAGAAACAUGUCCAGCUUCUCCAAGACAAAGCAGAGAUGGAAGCUGAAAUAGCAGAGUUGGAAGAAAAAUGCUAUCAAGAAAUGAUUCGGAAGUUUGGUCGUGUUGUUGAUCUGGAAGCAUUGCAAACUCUCACAGUGAACAUGACAAUGGAAGAACUGAAAGAGAAGAUUGAUAUCAAUAACAAUAAAUUCCACAGAAAGAUAACACAUAGGGAGGAGAAAAUAGCAGAGCUGCAAAACGAGCUUAUACAUUACACCAGGCAGUACACGUGCAGAUUGGAUCAAUUGAAUAUGAUGAUGACGGAAAAGGAGAAGACUGAAGCACAGUUAAAUAUUCAACAGAAAAAAAUGGGAGCAGAAAUUCAGAAACAGAAAGUUAAAUUGUUGGAGAAACGGGAGCAGAUUCAGCUGGUGGAGAAACAAGCGCAAGAAAUCAAAGACCUGAAAGACGAAAUAAGUCUGCUAACGCGAAAGGGAGGUCACAUUCUCCCUCCUGCCCAACCACCUUUACCACAGUGAACUCUGCACCAUCUUUAGUAUAACUUCCUCUCUAUUUCUAAUAGGGUGAAUUUUGUUUUGCUUCAAAUAGAUGUGAUUUUAUUCUGGCCUGAAAUGGAUGCAAUCAUCAUAUUCAUUGUGCGCCAAAAUUAGUUGUUUUGUUAUUAAUUAAAAGAUGGGCAUUCCUUUCAAAGAUGUUCAACGUUCACACAACUGCACUUCAAGAGAAGCAUAGCUGGCUGUUUCAGCUGUAUAGUUAGAAACUGUCCAGGUGAGAGAGUAAUGUGGGAAAUAGUAGCACGUUUUCUGUUCGGUGCCUAAAAUGUUUUCGACACCCCCUAAAACACACAGUAAAUUCUGAAAUCCAAAUGAUAUUAAAGAACAUUUGAUGAA